AGCAAGGGCACGGGAGAGAGGGCGGAGCCUCCCGCUUCAGGCGAGAGAGACCAUCUGCGGGAAGGGAAGGACGGGGCGGGGUGUGUGUGGGGCGAACCAUCCUUGAAGUGGUCUGGAAGGAACCAACUUGCUAGAGGAGGAGUUUAAACCAACCUGGGAAAGGGGCAAACCACCUGUCCUGGGAAGAAGGGGCAGGCACAGUUUAAACCAAGUGCAGGGGGAAAGCGGGUUAAACCACCUGCGCCGGGGAGGAAUGUGCUGCGGUUAAACAAGCUGCCUGGGGGAGACAGGAUGGAUCCAACCACUCGCCCCGAGGAAGAGGGGUAGAAUGCUGUUUGAGAUGGAGUGGGUUAAACCAUUUCCCCUGAGGGGAAAGGGGGUGUCAUUUCUGGGUGUCUAUGUAUGACUGUCCCUGUACAAAGAUGACCGAACGCCAUGCAAGCUAAUCCACUGCUUCAGGAAUCUGAACAAGAAAAUCAAAACCCACUUCCCUGAAGACAAUGCUGGCAUAAACAUCGACUCUAGGAAGAGGUCCUGGCUAAGCAGAGCAUUGGAAGACUAACUUGUUCAUCCAGACAGUGGGAGGAUCCCCUGUGCUAUCCCCCUCAGCACUUUAGCAGCUGCGUAUACAGUACCCUAUCCAGCUGGUGCUAGGACACUGCAGAGGGACCCCCUCAUCAGGAGGUCACGCCAUUUCCUGCUGGAAAAGGAGGUUUCAGCUCACUGGAGUUCAUUCCUAAUACAAGACCCAACGCCUUCUUUCCCAGCCUCCCUUUUCACUCCGAGCUGUUCAGUCCAUUUGCUUUGCUUGCGAAGGUGCCUACGAAGAAGACAGACACCAUGAAUCUCUUGUGCCCUGGUGGGUUCUGUGGCAUGACCCCCAGAACAGGCACCUCUCUAGCUGCCAUCUACAUGAUCCUAAUGACAAACAUGUACCUGAUCUUUGAGACUGGCCAUCUAGCACGAGCUAGAAAUGAAAUAGAAAAAAGCGUGGUCUUAGUAGGCCGGGUGCUGAUGAUUCCAUAUUUCUACUACAUAGCUAUUGCCCUGGCCAUCAUAACUUAUCCAGUGUGCAUCCUCCUUAUCUACUCAGUUACCAAGCGGCUUCACAGAGGGAUGUUCGUCUACGUGGGCUGGAUCAUCUUUUAUGACGUGGUCAACUGCAUUCUUGUGCCUCUCACACACAAGACCGUGCAGGAGCUCCUGUUCUCUAUAAGCCAUUUGGAGUGGUUUGGGCUGGCAAUGAGGCUCCUCAUGGAUUGCUUCUGGCUCUCCUUUGUUGUCACGUAUGCCCUGAUCAUUAUGGACAGCAAGAUGCAGCACCGGAUAUCGUUUAAGGGCCGACGCAUCUCUAGAAGUGUGGCAGAACCGCCCAGGUUUAGGUUGAGCAAUGAGAUCCGGAAGCAUCCAUAAACCGGAGUCUGAGACUGGGUUCCAUCGGCAAGAGCCUGGAGACAUCAGGCCAUUUUGGAGGUUUCUUUCCCCCGUUGUUCAAUGUGAUGUUUCUCUUGUUCUGUCUUCCAAUUUGAGUCCAAAAAUAAAUAGAAAAUAUUUUCUG